CAGCACUUAGCAACUGCAGCAUAUAUAACGAUUGCAUUCAUUGUCUGCAAAGUAGCUACAGUCUCUAUUCAAUCGCUAUUCAGUUGUAUUCGAACUGUAAUAAUAACAAGAUUUCUAAACCGUAAAUAGCAAAAUCGGCUAUAAUCCAACACUUGAAAAAAAGUGCGGAAACUUUGUUAUAUCUAUGCAGAAUUCAUUCUUAUCGGCAUAGGAGUUAUAAUGUUUUCGGAUAAUUCCGACUCUCAUCCUGGAUCUAAUCAAGGAAGAAGGAAAAUACAAUCACGGGAUAAGCAACAUAAAGUUUCUGGACUAGUUACAAGACUACAUUCGGGCUUUUCAAAGAAGAAGCCUUCCAACACUCAGAACCAUCAACCAUUGUCUAGUGAUAGCGAAUACGAUACAGACUUGGAAGAAGAGACUAAAGUUCACAAUGAUUUGCAUGAUCAUCAAGCUCUUGCUAAAAACAUUUAUUUUAGACAAUGUUCAAAAAUUGGUGUGACUCCUAUAUCUUAUUUUCUAAGACAUGCAGGAGAUGAUCAAAUUUCUCUCAGGGAUCAUUAUUUCGGACCGAGAGGAGCCAAGGCAAUAGCGGCUCCUUUAAGGGUUAAUAACACGCUAACGAAACUUGACUUUUCGUACAACGGCAUGGGCGACGAGGGAGUAGAGCAUCUGUGCUAUCAAUUAGUUGACAAUAUCUAUGUUUUUGAUCUGAAUCUAGCUUACAACGAUAUCAGUCAUAAAGGUUUCAAAACCGUUGGGAGUAUGCUACUAACGAACCAGAUCAUCAAGAAUUUGGAUGUUUCCGGAAACCAAUUAGGGAAUAGAAGUGGUAAAAUAUUACUGUCACUGCUACAGAAGAAUAAUACUUUACUAAAACUUGGUUUGAGUAGAUGUGAUCUCGGAUUAGAAGCAACACAAUCUCUUGCUAAUGCUCUAGUCAAUAACACUAGUUUACAAAAGCUCGACAUAUCCUGGAAUCAGAUUGUUGGAAAGGCUGCAAGCGUUCUUGCUAAAUGCUUAUCUGAAAAUGAGAAAAUCGACGAAUUGAACUUAUCUUGGAAUGGAUUCGGAGAACGGAAAGCAGCCGAAGACUUAGGGAAAGCUUUAGCAGAAAACAAUUGUAUUGGGACUAUCGACUUAAGAGCAAACAGAUUUGUCGAUUUAACUUUAGCUAUUUUCUCUUCAUUCUCAAUGACAAAGAAUGAACACAUUAAAAUAUUAAAACUAUCAAAGAAUCCUUUCACUCACGUUGGUAGUUUUGCUUUAUUGCAAAAUAUAUCAAAGAAUUCAGACUCGUCUAUCUCCUCACUGGAUUUACAGGGUAUUACUGUAAAGAAGAACUUUAUUGAUUUACUAGAAAAUCUCGAAGACAAAGGAAAGAAAAUUAAUUGUACUUAUCAAACUUAUAUUCACUCAAAAAAGUUAAAACCUGGAAAAGCUGUUGAAAUUCUUUGCCAAAUUAUUCAUAUGAAAGAUAAAACGCCAUUUUCAUUAUUCGGAAUUGCCAGUGACCAAUCAGUUACUGUGAUUGACAAGAAAUCUUUUGAAGAUGCCAUCAAAGUUAACGCUGGAAUUGACUUGACCGAUCAAGAAUGGUUUACUCUAUUCGACGACCUUACAAAUAAGGAUGGUCAAAUCGAAUUGGCGUCUCUUUAUACCAAAUGGAGAGAGAAAUAUGAGAAGAAAGAUAAAUGAGGGCGAAAGCUAAUUCUUUUAAUAAUCUUUUUAAUAAUUGAGUACGAAAAUAAACUAACUUUUGAUUUAUUUUACAUACAGAAUACAAUGCAUUGUAUAUUCUGCAUAAAUAGAGGAGAAUGUAUAAAUAAAACAAUAAGUGUAACAAGAUAUUCUUGCCCAACUUCAAUCUUAUCUUCUUGAUUCUGUUUAAAUUGACAGCUAUUUAAUGAUACGCUAUUCCCUUCAAUCUAUUUUUUGGAUCCGACAGAUGGCGUACUAUACCGGUACAAAAAAAAGAUUUACAUCUUAUAGUAUACCAUAAGACAGCAGUAUCAUUUACACAUAAGUAAAGAAAAUAUAUGUAUUUGAGCUUAUU